UGGAUAGUGAAUUCCUAGAUACGAAUUUCAAACAGAAGCCUUUCAGACACUAGCUGCACUGACAACGGUAAAAUGGCAACCCAAAAUACUGACCCCAUGGCUUCAUCCACUUCCAACAGGAACAAGGAUAAUACAGAAAGAUCGGGCUCAGCAAAAGACAAUCAUUCCGUCAGCAAAAGAUUGCAGCAGGAGCUGAUGACACUUUUGACAUCCAAUAACACAGGGAUAUCAGCGUUUCCUGAUGGUGACAAUUUGUUCAAAUGGAGAGCCACAUUGGAUGGAGCCACAGGAACGGUAUACGAGGGCCUUCGUUACAAGCUUAUCCUUGAGUUCCCCAGCAGCUACCCCUAUCAAGCCCCAACAGUCAAGUUUGACUCGCCAUGUUACCAUCCUAAUGUCGAUCACCACGGUAACAUCUGUCUGGACAUCCUGAAGGAGAAGUGGUCAGCCUUGUAUGAUGUUCGAACCAUACUCCUUUCACUUCAGAGUCUUUUAGGAGAACCUAACAUUGACAGUCCCCUCAACAUACAUGCUGCUGACCUGUGGAAAAACCAGAGUGCCUACAAAAAACAUCUACACGAAAAGUACAAGAAAGAUGUCCAAAGUAAAUCGUCGUAGCAGAAUUACAGGUGCCAACAGGAAUAUGAUCUAGGUCUACACUGGACUGUUGUUAUUGUGCAAUAAUUUAUUGACAUGUUUGAUGGUAAACAUGGACCUGAAAGCUUAUAUAUAUAGACACUUACAUUUUACUUAAACUUUGUACAAAAUAUUAUUUGCAUAAUUUCCACAAUACUUUUUUUUAAUAUGCGAAAUCAUGACAGGAAAUCAGAUACAUUUUUUGGCAAAUGUUCGUUUAAUUGCAGUAGGUGCGUAAUUCAUGUAUGUGUGCAACUAUGCAGGAAUGAAAAACGGCAAUUCAAAUCAUUAUAAACAGGAAAGUUGAUUGAUUUAUUAGGACAGGCCCCAGAUCUGACAGAAAUGUGGGUGCCACCAUCAAUUUUGUUUUCAGGGAUUAUCUCGGAAUCCAUGUCUCAAAUUUCUGAAUCUUUAAAUGGUGUUUUUCUAUGUAGAUGCUUUGUUUCAAUAGUUAAAGCCAAGGUCACUUACUGAAAACAGAAUUGGGGUAGGAACUAUACUGUCAAAAAUACCUCAGUAUUACAAUUCUGAUCUGCCAGUGUUUAUUUUGUUGGUAAACAGUAUUUGCUGAAUGUAUCCAUUGUGAAUAAAUCUUUAUUACUAGGAUUCAAAAUUCCAAGAGUGCCACCAGUGAAAUUCACUAAAUACUGAAAACAGAUCAGGGAUAUUUAAUUGAACUUAUCUUGUAGUGGAUUGUUAUGGACCUGGUGGUGGAGCAGCCUUCAUAUAUAGUACAUGCUGAAUAAGGUCAUAUUUCUAGAUCAGACAAUUAAAAUGGCCAUCUUGACUCCCACUUGAUCGAGAAAAUUUGUGCCAUAUUUUCUAUUCUACUGAUCUGACUUUGUUCAUACAUGGAAGUAAAAUAACUGGAAUUUUCAAAUUGCCUAUUCUAACAUCCAUAAUGAUUGCUGUGGGAUCUUCUUGAUGAGAAUGGGAGAUAUAUAUAUGGUCAGGGGCAUGGCAGGGUCUUGUUGACUAAUCAGUGUUCUAGUUAAACCCUUUUUUUUCUUUCUAAAUAUUUGUUUUUGUGCACAUUUGAUUUUACCUGACGGGAGUUUUCCAUUUUAUGAUAUAGAAUAGCUUACAUUUCAGUAUAAAUGAUAAAACUGAAGUGCUCUGAGUGUUGUUCAAACAUUUAAAAUAAAAGGUUGUAAAUUAAAAAAUAAACACUGGGUUGACAGUUUGGUUCGAUCUCCAGUUUGGCUUUAUUACUUGACAGAUAUGUACUCUGCAAUUUCAACAGAUUGCUUUGUUCAGACUAAUCGGUAUGUGCGAAGUUAAAAGAGCAAAAGGAAAUUGAUUUAAAAUGUCUCUUUUGGUACUUAUAGAAUUUUUUAAUUAUGAUUUAAAGUAAAAAAAUAUAUGAAAUUAAUUUUUACACACUUUUAAAAUUGGUAACUUUAUAUAAGCAGAGGUUAAGUGGAGGUUUUGUCAUAAUUUGUAUAUAACAACUAAAAUGUCCCCUAUAAAACCUGUCCUGUUUUAGCAGUUUGUAUAUAACAACUAAAAUAUCCCCUAUAAAACCUGUCAUGUUCUAGCAAUUUGCAAAGUGAUUUUCAUGAACAUAAUUCUGUUUAUUAUUAAUUAACAAAGGAAAAGGGUAUUUAUUCUUGCCAUAAUAUUAGUAAAUUUUGCCUCAAGUUGUGUCUGAGCUAAUCUAAUAUAUCAGUACAUGUAUAUGGGAGAUAUGAAACUUGGCUUGCUGGUUAGAAAAAAAAUCCAUCUGCAAAAUAUGCUCAUCCUUCAUGCAAAUUUACUGCACCAAAUAUUUCUGUUAUAAAGCCAAUGCCAUUUAGUACUACUGUCACACAGUUUACCUCAAUUUCACAAAAACUUUGAUAAUUUUGUAUACACUAAGAGAAUGGUCUCUACUGAUGCAUAAUGUUGUUGUUUUUUGAAAUUUUGGUUACCUGUCCUAAUUCUAUUAUCUAUCACACAAUAAAAAUGAUGAUACAUGCGUAAUACAUUGCACCAGUCUGUUACUUUUACCACAUGAAUUAUAUUGAUAUGGAUGCGUUAUCUAGGACUGUUUUUACUUAAUAUACAUGUUCUUUUUUAUCUCUCUCUCUCUCUGUCUCAUUUCUUUUUGUAUAUUUUGUAUUGUGUCUAUUUCAAUGUAAUUAUUUCACCCUAUUACUAUCACCUAUUACUACUUAUUUCACAGACAAAAGGUUUCGAAAUAAAAUUCAUUAAAUUCUAAAA